CCCCUUGCUACGCUCGAGCCAGGCCAAUACACGUCCGGUCCCCGUCCCACGCUCCUCUUCCUCCUCCGCCGCCGCCGCCGCAAAGAAAGAUACUGCCGGGCGCGCUCACGAGAUAGAGUGCGGCGGCUCGGCCGUAGCAAGCGAUGCCGAAUAAGCGUCAGAGGGAGGCGAAGAAGCGCUUCCGCGAGGCGAAUCCCGGCCUCUGUCCGCCGGCGCCCGCCCCUGCCGCCGAUGGCGCCAAGAAGAAGAAGAGCAAGAAGAGCAUGUUCAAGAAAGUGAAGAAGCCGGACGCUGGGCGCGGCGGAGCGGGGAGGUCGAAGCACCCGCUGCGGGUUCCCGGGAUGCGGCCCGGGGAACAGUGCUUCAUCUGCAAGUCCACCGACCACGCGGCCAAGAACUGCCCCGAGAAGUCCCUCUGGGACAGGAACAAGAUCUGCUUGCACUGCAGGGAACGGGGGCAUAGUCUGAAGAACUGCCCUGAGAAAAGUGAUGGGAAUUUGAAUUUGAAGAAAUUCUGCUAUAACUGUGGUGAAUCUGGACAUUCCCUUUCCAAGUGCCCCCUCCCCAUUGAAAAUGGCGGUACAAAUUUUGCGAGCUGCUUUGUCUGCAAACAGCAGGGACAUUUGAGCAAAGAUUGUCCUGAAAACAAGCAUGGCAUCUAUCCAAAGGGUGGCUGCUGUAAGAUAUGUGGUGAAGUUACACAUUUGGCCAGGCAUUGUCCAAACAAACGGCAACAUGACUUCACUUCCUCUAUGGAUGAUGGUAUGAUGAACACGGAGGGAGUCCACCAGGAAGACCAUGCUCUGCGGGGUGGAGAUGAUCUUGAAGAUGAUUUCAUUGACGAAGAAGAGGCGAACUCUGCGUCGGGGAUGGCGGUGAGCGACGAGUGCAAGCUCAAGUUCCAGGAGCUCAAGGCGAAGCGGAGCUUCCGGUUCAUCACGUUCAAGAUCAACGAGCAGACGCAGCAGGUGGUGGUAGACAGGCUGGGGCAGCCCGGCGACACCUACGCCGACUUCACCGGCACCAUGCCCGAGGGCGAGUGCCGCUACGCCGUCUUCGACUUCGACUUCGUCACCGACGAGAACUGCCAGAAGAGCAAGAUCUUCUUCAUUUCCUGGUCCCCGGACACCUCGAAGACGAGGAGCAAGAUGCUGUACGCGAGCUCCAAGGACCGGUUCAAGAGGGAGCUGGACGGCAUCCAGGUGGAGCUGCAGGCCACCGACCCCAGCGAGAUGAGCAUGGACAUCGUCAAGUCCAGAGCCCUCUGAUCGGAUCUGAUCCGACUCAACAAAAUCCGACCCUUUCGUUCCCGACAGUAACACCACCUGGAUCGAUCUAGCUACAUACGUACGUACACGUACAUGCUCCCGCACGCAUGCAGGAACAACAAGGCUCCUUUUCUGCGUCAGUUCCUGCACGCCCUACCGUAUGCCCCCUUGUAAAGCUGAUAGAUGAUCUCCAUCAUGUCUUUCUUUCCCGUAUGUUGCAAGAUUUUAGACGGCAUAUGUCGAUCUUAAUUUCCUGCUGUUGCUGAGGCAGUGCGUGUACGUAUUCAUGUGCCCGUGCCUGCUGUGUGAGCGAUUGACUCCAAGCAGGCAGACAAUGGGCAUUUCAUCACCAAAACAAAAAGAAUAUACUACUCGUAGUAGCAAAGAUUGUGGUUCAA